GGUGUAAAAUGUCUUCCUGCGCAUGCUGGCGCAGAGGUCCAAAGGAUGCUAUGCUCUGAAGCCACAUCUGAGAAUUCACGUUCCCAGGGAAUGAGUGUUGCCAUCCUGGGACCAACAUUUCAAGAUCUGGCAACAAAUGUCAACAAAAAUAUCAGCAGUCUUUCUUUCAUAUUUGUGGGCCGUGCCUCUGGGUUUUUAUGUGGAUCUAUGAUUGGUGGAGUUCUUUUCGACUUUAUGAAUCAUUUUGUACUUUUGGGGCUGUCAAUGGUGGCUACCGCAGCGAGCCUCUAUCUCAUUCCUGUCUGCAAGACAGCUGUGGUGCUGAUCGUCAUGAUGUCUGUCUUCGGUGCUUCUGUCGGCAUUGUGGACACAGGUGCAAAUGUCCUCAUUUUGGCUCUUUGGGGAGACAGAGGAGCCCCACACAUGCAGGCCUUGCACUUCAGUUUUGCCUUGGGUGCCUUUCUGGCUCCCCUGUUUGCUAAACUGGCAUGGGGUACCACAGUGCCUGCAGGAAACCACACAGAGCCCGGCUGGCACCCUGGAGCCCUGAACUCAUCCUCAGAAGCCCACGCUCGCUCUCUGUUUGGAGUUCCCGACGACAUGAACUUAGUGUGGGCCUACGCCUCCAUCGGCACCUACAUUUUAGCAGUUUCUGUCUUUCUGUUUGCUCUGUUGUGUAAGAAGAGCGCAAGGCAGACAAAAUCCACAGUAUCUGCCCAGGGGUCUCGACGAGCUCAACAUCACAAGGCUCUUCUCUGCCUCCUUUUUGUCUUCUUCUUCUUUUACGUUGGGGCUGAGGUGACAUAUGGCUCUUACAUAUUCUCCUUUGCCACCACCCACGUUGGCAUGGAAGAAAGCGAAGCAGCUGGGUUGAACUCUGUCUUCUGGGGCACCUUUGCUGCUUGCAGGGGCCUGGCCAUCUUCUUUGCCAAAUGUCUACAGCCUGGAACCAUGAUUGUGCUGAGCAACAUUGGCAGCCUGGGCUCAUGUUUAUUUCUGGUGCUUUUUGACAAGAGCCCACUUUGUCUCUGGAUCGCAACUUCAGUAUAUGGAGCCUCGAUGGCCACCACCUUUCCCAGCGGGGUUUCCUGGAUCGAGCAGUACACGACCCUCAGCGGGAAGUCUACAGCAUUCUUUGUAAUUGGUGCCUCCCUGGGAGACAUGGCUAUUCCUGCAGUCAUUGGAAUUCUUCAAGGACAAUACCCAGAUUUGCCAGUAGUUCUGUAUACUUCUUUGGGGUCUGCAGUGUUCACUGCUGUUUUAUUUCCUGUGAUGCACAAACUAGCCACCUCGCCUCUGGAUCAUCAGAAAAAAGAAAAUAUAGAGGGUGAGGAGCAGAAAGCCUUACCAACUUGUUCUAGACUAUGAGGAAGAGAUGGAUGGGUAAGAUGCAGAAAAACGAAAUGAAAUCAAUUUUGGUUCUGGUUUUGUUUUUCAAGGUAGGGUCUCACUCUAGUCCAGGCUGACCUGGAAUUCACUGUGUAGUCUCAGGGUGGCCUUGAACUCUCAGCGAUCCUCUUACUUCUGCCUCCCCAGUGCUGAGAUUAAAGGCAUGUGCCAACACGGCUGGCUUCUGAAAUCAAUUUUGAAAGGGUUGAAGUGUUCUGUAAUAAAGACACCUAGAAAUACUCUGGUGGAACUCAAAGCUGAGGGCUCCAGGAAAUUCUCAAAUGCAUUGGUGUUUGAGCCCUUUCCCAUUGACAAGGGUGGUUUCUCUGUGGAGCACUGAAUAAAGAUGCCAAUCAACCAGA